AUGCGAGGAUGUAGAGAUGCAAGCCAACCAGCUCCAGCAAUGGCCGGCGCUCAGAGCAAGGACCGAUAUGCUAGGAAGCUGCUGCUUCUCUUGCUGUGCGGCGGCUACUAUUCUGUCGUUGCUCGUGCAGCCGAUGAUGCACGUAGCUAUAAGGUUCUCGCCGUCGGCUCACUCAAGGCUGAAGUCGUCUGCUCAGUAACUCCAGCGCCGUCCAGUGGAGCUACGGUGCCGCUAAACCACCGGCAUGGCCCGUGCUCGCCGGCGCCAUCCGCAAAGGUGCCAACCAUCCUGGAGCUGCUCCAGCAUGACCAACUCCGAGCCAAGUACAUCCAACGGAGGUGGUCUGGGAAGAAGGGCACCGACGACCUCCAGCCGUUGGACCUCACCCUGCCGACUACCCUGGGAACUGCCCUGGACACGCUGGAGUAUGUUAUCACCAUCGGCAUCGGCUCCCCGGCGGUGACCCAGACCAUGAUGAUCGACACCGGCAGCGACGUGUCAUGGGUGCGCUGCAACUCCACGGACGGGACGACGCUCUUCGAUCCCAGCAAGUCGACCACGUACGCCCCGUUCUCUUGCAGCUCCGCGGCGUGCACACAGCUUGGAAACAAUGGCAACAACUGCUCAAACUCGCAGUGCCAGUACAUGGUCCAGUACGGCGACGGCUCCAACACCACCGGCACGUACGGCUCCGACACGCUGGCGCUAAGCGCCUCGGACACGGUCAAGGGUUUCCAGUUCGGUUGCAGUCACCACGAGGAGGGCUUCAACCGCGAAAAAUUCGACGGGCUCAUGGGGCUCGGCGGCGACGCGCAGUCGCUCGUGUCGCAGACGGCGGCGACGUACGGCAAGUCCUUCUCGUACUGCCUCCCGCCGACCAACCGCACAUCCGGGUUUCUCACCUUCGGCGCGCCGAACGUGACGUCCGCCUUCGUGACGACGCCGAUGCUCAGAUGGCCACGGGUGCCGACGUUCUACGGCGUGCUUCUCCAGGACAUAUCCGUGGGCGGAACUCUGCUCGGAAUACAGCCCACCGUCCUCUCCAACGGAUCGGUGAUGGACUCUGGUACUAUCCUCACGCGGCUACCACGGAGGGCCUACUCGGCGCUCUCGUCGGCGUUCAGAUCCGGCAUGACCCGGUACCCGCGGGCGGCCCCCGUCGGCAUCCUGGACACCUGCUACGACUUCACCGGGCUAAGAAACUUCUCUGUCCCGACCGUCGAGCUGGUGUUCGACGGCGGCGCGGUCAUGGACCUCGAUUAUGACGGGAUCAUGAUCUCAGACUGCCUCGCGUUCGCUGCCACCAGCGGCGUUAGCAUCAUCGGCAACGUGCAGCAACGGACGUUCGAAGUGCUGCACGACGUCGGCCAGGGCGUUUUUGGCUUCCGGUCAGGCGCGUGCUCAUAG